AUGAGUGCCGCCAAAGGCGAGUCAAAUGUCCUGAAACCGACUUGCAAGCCUUGCCGGAUGCUCGGUCGGCGCUGCAGCUAUAACCAGGUUCUCAGAUGGCAGCAUGUACAGUCAUGCAGUAAGGUGGCUCCUCUGGAUACACGCUCCACCGAGGACUGGAUGUUUCUACAUGCCUACUCAGUGGACCUCAGUGCAAGGCCACUCCCGCAUCUGCUUCCAGAGGCGGUCUUGGAUGACUCGCCGGAUGAUGAUGCACCCAACAUCAAAGCUCUAGAAUGGCCCAACACAGACGACGGCGAUGUUUUUGAUAUGCCGUAUGAAGAGAUACAGCCACGGGCCUGGCUGGAUCCUCUAGCCAUGUCCAAGAUGGAAGUGUAUCUUUGGACAUAUUUCCAUGGCGCCAUCGCACCUACAUGUGUUCUGAACCCAUCAGUGAAUCCUUACCAAGCUAUCCUACUGCGUAUUGCCGCCUCAACAGGCAAGUCAUCACCACUAUUCAAUAUCAUCAUGGCAAUAUCAGCCCGAGAACGGUCCAUACUUGGGAGCAGAGAAUAUGACUCGGUAGCCUUAGGCUACCACCACCAAGCUCUACGGCUGCUGAGAAAAGAGACCUGCAAGAUGGAGGAGGGAAGGAUGGACCAAUCUUCUGAGGCACAGAUACUGGCCACAGUCAUGUCUCUCAUCUUUCUUGAUAUCAUGAGUGACUGUUCAUCAUCGUGGGUAAUACAUUCCGAUUUCGCGAGGUCUUUGGUUCAGAAUUUUCGCAACACCCGAGUCUCACUAGACCCAGAUAUCGACGCGUUAUUCAAUUUCGUUGGGGGAUACAUUGUCAUUCACGAGGUCUACGCGCACACAGCCUGGAAUGCAAAGCCCUCCAUCGGCAGCGGAAGUCCAGUAACUGUCAUGUGUGACGAUGUCAACCUCCAGACGCUUACCGGCUGCUCCACAGACUUCUUCCAGAUCUUGGCCGACGUCAACUCCCUUGCCGCUGAUUUUUCUGCCCUUUCCAAACUAAAUUACGUAGACCCAGAACUACUCUCGGGCCUGGAACAACGGCGUCUCUACUUGGAAAGGCGAUUACAUCAACACACCCCAAUUAAUGAGACGGCAAUACAUGAUGAAGAUACCCCAGAAAGUGUCCUUGCGAUUGAAAUUAAGCGUCUAACCGGACAGCUUCAUCUAUAUUCUCGCGUGGAUAACCUAGGCCCAUAUGACCCUUGUGUUACACGGCUAUCCUCAAAGAUUCUCAGUCUUGUUAAGCGAUUAUCUACACGGUCCAACCUAAUACUAUGGCCUUUAUUCAUGGUAGCAACGCUUGGCAUAGGCGUGGAGUGCGAUGCUGAGAGAGCGUUGAUACUGGAGAAGUUACACUUGCUCCAGCAGAAGAGGCAGAUGCGAUAUAUAAAGAAGGCUAGAGAUAUCAUCGUUGAAGUGUGGAAAAGGCGGGAUUUUGGUGGCUCUGGGACACAACUGGGCUGGGCUAUCCUUGAACAAGUUGCCCAGUCUGAACGAAUCAGUCUCUUUUAA